UGAUAAUUUCUUUGAAAUGUUUAUUUUCAGAAGAAUGAUCCGAGCAAGUUUGUUGCACAGAAUGCCGCAACUUCUUAUUAGAAGAUGUUUCGCCACGAGUUUGAAAGAUUUUGAAACUUUGUAUGAUUUAAUGGAAAUAGAACCCUACUGUACAAAGACUGAAAUAAGAGAGAGUUGGUUGAGAUUAUCCAUGCUGUAUCAUCCAGAUUUAAACAGAGAUUCAGAGGAGAAUAAAGAGAAGUUUAUGAAGAUAAAAGAUGCUUACAAGAUACUUAUAGACGACCAAAAGAGGGAAGAAUACAACAAUAAAAUAGGAUUUAUUCACCACGACCCACCGCCAAAUUAUCACAGAGAAUGGACACUGCAGGGAGAGAAAGAUAGAGUUCGAGCUCAAGCAUAUAAAACAAUGUGGGAUGAGUCUCAAAUCAGAGAACUUAUGUCAAGUGAAAGGUUAAGAGAGGUGAACUGGAAAGAGAAGAACCCGGCUGAAAGAUACAAAAUACUUCAAGAAGAGCAGAUGGCUCAGGAUAAGUCUAAGCAUGAGCUGGAACGGCUUGAAACUCCCACCAUACGUGAAGCUUCCUGGCGAUAUGCUGGACUAUUUAGUUUCGCAUUUCUACUCUCAGUACUAGCUUAUAGAAUUUCACUGAUUGAGGAACAAGAUGAAAUCAAGCAAGCCCACCUGGAUGCCCUGAUGAAACCGGAUGUAGAAUUGGAAAAUGGAACCGUUAUUUCCGGUUUUAGCAGACGGAAAGACGCCAGGUACUCCUGGAUGGUGGAUUUAAAGACUGUCAAAGAAAACCUAAGACUUCAAUCUGCAAAUGAAUAGAACCAACCAAUUGUAAUCUAAAUUUUGUUAAUAUUCAUAGAAAAGAAUAAAUCAUCUUUCCAAUGUAAAA